UACUGUUGUAUCAUAAAGGAAAAUGUAUUAUUAUUUGUUAUUACUUGUAUUGAAUCUGGUAAAUGAUUUCUGAAGGCUUAUAUAUGAUAGAGGUUGAUAAUGUGAUAAGAUUGGGAGUUUUAGUUGCUCAGCGUGAUGACGUUCUGGCCUCUGUCAACUUAUAUUAUCAAGUGAGGCUAGUUACGUUUUCUGAUUUUCCAACUGGCGAAGUCAAAUUCCUCUAAGCAAUGGUUCUAAUGGAAAUGAAGGUUGAAACUUUGCAAUUGAAAUUUCUUCCUUUCAAUUGAAGGAAAAACUAACAAAGUCAUAUAUUUCUUCCUAAUCAUAUCUUAUAUUCAUGCUCCUUGCUAGCUCAGUUCUGAUUGUAGUGGUGUUGCCACAUAUAUUUGCAUGAGCAGGUGUAUAUAUUCCUGUAUGGUUUCACAAGGGUUCCCGGCCCUUCCUCCACCAUCACCAUCAGCUCUGCUUGUACUUGUUGGACCCGGGACAGGUUGUGUUCCUUUUCAUGGAUUUGUAGAGGAAAGAGCCAUGCAAGAUGUGUCUGGCUCAGCUGCUCCUACUUGGAUGUUUUUUUGGUUUUCGAAAUGAGGAGAAUACUUUUUGUACAGAGAUUUUUGGUUGUCUCAUGCACAGAACGGUGGGCCACUUCGCAUAGCAAGGGGUGGAAGGUUUUAUGUAGUCUUCUCAAGAGAUCAACUACAAAACGUUUAUGUGCAGCAUAAGAUGAGGAAACAGAGCCAGACGGUUUGGGAUUUUCUAUUGAAAGGGGCUUGCAUAUCUGUUGCAAGUUCGGCAACCAAAAUGCCCUCAGAUGUAAUGUCAGCCAUGGUGGAAAUUAUAUCCGAAGAGGCUGGAUUUUCAAGGGAAACUGCUGUUUUGCAGCUUAGGAGAUUGAAAAAGGUUUGUAGAUACCAUGUUGAAGCAUGGUCCUGAUCUCUGCUGGGUUCUUGCAUUAUGGGACAAUUCCAUUGGAGGGAAGAAAAACUAGCUUCUAGCUUGUUGUAAAGGUUCUGGAACUUCAAAAUUGAUUGACAAUUGCGCAAUUUAUAUGCUGUUCGAUUUAGUAACAAUAACAGGAAUACAGUGUAUGAUCGUUAACAUUAAUUUAUCUAGCAGCUUUGCUUCCUAGAAGAGAUCUUGGAAAGUUUGUUGUGAUGCUGCUUUUUAGCAUAUGCCAUAUGUGGUGCAUCAUUUUUUUUUUCCUUGUAUUGUUAUAACAAUGGGAUUUGUGAUUGUUUUUCACGCUA